ACAAGACCUACAUCAUUCGAAGAAUACAUACGUGCCUGCCAUACACUUCUCUCGAAGCCACUUUUUAUCCAGACAGACAAGAGUCUCAGUGCACAGGGCUCCAUUGCCAGCCCCAAGAACAAGCCGUGCCCGACUUUGUUGAAACCUUGGACGGACUUUCCAGUACUGCAACAGCAGCUCUUCGAAAGAAUUUACCAAUAUAUCCCACCGGACGCGGAACUUUUCAGCUCUACCCAAUACCUUACAGAGCUUGGGCAGGAUAUCUGCGACCGACCAUUGGCGAGCAAGAAGGAUUUGGAGGCAUAUCAGCGCCUAGCCGUUGAGCGACCGACAACACACAUCAUCUCCCACCUUCAACGAAUAGAAGAGGCUCGCCAUGCGUUUUAUCUGGGCGAAGGCAUCAUUUUCGAGAACCAUGCCAACACCCUCAGUGAUAGCAACGAAGAGGUCCAGCAAAGCUCGAAUCCGAAACAGCGAAACGCCGAUCAGAUUUGCGUAUAUAAGGAGGCAGAUGGCACACGGAGCCUGUGUAUGGUCGUGGAAUACAAACCGUCCCACAAGUUAUCGGUCUUCAAUCUACGGGCUGGACUUUGA